UUAGAUUUUAGACCGUGAUUUCAUCUAUUCUGCGAACAAUGUAGAGAAGAUCUUCUCUACAUCGUCCUUAUAUCAGCUUCUCUACAUCGUGAUUCUGUGUAAUAACAGUAAUAACUAUCUAUGUAGACUCCAAUCGACUGAUCGGGUUUCUAUUCUUGUUCUAUAAUAUAAGUCGGGUGUAUGUGAAUCAAUUAUUUUGGAAUUCUAUUUUUAGCGUCAGAAUAUUGUAAAAAUAAAUCAUUGAUAAAAAAAAUCGAUAAUUUUUUAGUUACAAAAAUAGUACUUGGGUCUCAUAAAAUUGUCCUUCAUCCAACUGUGUGCCAUAGCAUUUACCAUUGAUUAUAUCAUAAACAUGAUAGAUCUCGUGAAAUUGUGAAAAUAAAUAAUAAAUUCAACCAUAGUCAGUUGUAACUUGUAGUUGUAAACUGUUUGUGGCAGGGUCUUAAGAGAUCUUCUAAGUUCUAAGACCGCGGUUUGUAGCACGAUUUAAGAUAUCUUAAACCGUGGUUUGUAUAGUCACAGACCAAUGUGUAUUGAUACAUACACAUCGAGAUAGAUGAACAAUACAAUAGUAUUGUUUAUCUAUCUCGAUGCGGACACGAUAAAUGAGCGCUGGACUCCGAAGCCUGUUGCUCAUAGUGUUCAUACUUUAUAAGCACUACAACUAAUGUAACAAUUGGUUCCCAACAUUGUACCGUUACGCUGGCCGUUACGUACUUACGUGUUUAAAACUAUAAAAUGGCAUUCACAUUUCACAGUGAUUUGACAAAUGACAAAUACAACCACUAUCGAAAGAAUUACAAACUUUUCCCACAGCGAUAUUAUAAUUUAUAUAAGUGAAAUUGUUGCUGAACAUUGAACCUAAAUCGACAAUUAUUGAAGAAACCACUUAAAUAACUGUGGUAGUGUGGUGCGUUGAAAUGCUCCAAAGCAUAAAUAAUCACAGAUCACAAGAGAAUUGUAUUACUCCAAAAAAAAAUAAUGGGCAUUACCAGUCGAAAAAAAUUAAUUUUAAAGACAUUUUAAAUGAUUUAAGUUUGCAAGACGUAAAUAAAGCUGGCACAAUUUUGGAUGGUUGUAAAAUUUAUUUUAGUGGAUUUAAUUUAAGCGAAGAAGAAAAAUUAAAACGAAUUGUAAUUUCUACUGGUGGAAUUCGAUACACGGAGCUAAAUGAGUCUAUAACCCAUAUUUUAGUAGGUGAAUUUUCUGCAUCACUUGCAAAAUUAUUACACUCUAUUCAAGAAAAACCUCAUGUUGUGAAUUUUAAUUGGUUACUUGAAAGUAUAAAUUUGAAAUGCACUGCUCCAGAAGAACAGUUUCUAGCAAUGGAUUCAUCUCAUUCAUUUACACCAGAAUCUCCAUCUCCCCUUAGCAAAAAGGGAUUGUAUAUGAUGAAAAAUUCUACAGUCUCUCAACCGAGAGUAGUAGAUAGACCUAAACUACAAACUUCAAAUGUAACCAGUAAUCCGCCAACGGAUAAUUUUAUCGAUCAAUAUUUGAAUGUUGAAAACGCCAAUUUUAAUGAUACGCUUAGUGAAAAAUCCUCUUGUACAACACAAGAUACAAUGUCCACUCAAGAUAGUAAACUUGAAUCUGUAUUAGAAGGAUUAACUAUUCUUCUCCAUGAUUUGGACGCUCAUCAGUUGCCAUCCAUAAAAAGUAAAAUAAUAUCAAUGGGUGGUGUGGCAGUUAAUACACGUAGUUAUCGAGGACAAAUUAACUAUGUUGUUGUUCCUAUUGUAUUCAAUGAGAAGUCAUUAAGUAUUAAAGCCACCAUAGUUAGCUGUCUUUGGAUAGAAGACUGUUAUAAUAAUGUUGAACAAACUCCUAUAGAAUAUUAUCAUAAACCUGUAAUUUUUAGUGGUUCUAUGCCUCUAAAAAACUGUGUGAUUAGCAUCACCAAUUAUACAGGGUCUGAACGAUAUUUCUUAAAAGAAGUUUCACUACUUCUUGGAGCGAAUUUUCAAGAUGCAUUGUCAAGAAAAUCGAAACCAGAAGAUAACAUUAUGAUGACAACUCACCUCAUUUGUUCUACUCCAGAAGGACCCAAAUAUGAAGCCUCAGUUAAAUGGGGAGUACCAGUUGUAUCUAAAGAAUGGCUACUUAAAUGUGUUCCAUGCAAAUGCCGUUUACCAGAAGAUAAAUUUCCAAUUGUUUCCAAUGCAAUACCGCUGAAAGACACUGAGAAAGAUAUUGAACCACCACUAAAAAAGAAAUGUUCAGUUGAAAUCAUGAUUCCUACCUCUCAAGUUUUACGUUCACCUUUCAACAAAUGUAAACCAGAAAUAACGCCUUUGAAAUCAAAUUGUUCUACUCCAGUUGAUUCAAAUAGUUUCAUCAACAAUUUAAAAACCCCAGAAACUCCAUAUGGACAAAUACUUAAUUAUGAUCCUGUUACACCAGAAACAAAAAAGGAAUUGAAAAAAAGUAUAGAUAUUUUACCAGAUGGCCUCGAUGAACAAUCACAACCUAAGUUAAGGAACCAAAAUAGUACUGAAACAAAUGAAAUACAUUCAAUAAAUGCUAAUUCAAAUGAUACAUUGAAAAGUCCAAGUUUGUCAUACCGUUCUCCAGGUGUGGCUAACAGUAGCUUGCAUAACACAUCACAAAUACCAAAAGCUCAAGAUAAUAUAUCUAAUACUGUAUUACCAAAUAUUGAUACAAAGCAACAAUCUUUAGACAAACAAGAAUUUAUAAGAAAAAUUGCACAACUCCAACAAGAUUUAUGUCCAUCAAGAGAACUAGAAAUUCCUCUUUCCAGAACAGAGUCUGAAAGUCAAGAUGAUUAUACAAAAAACUCUCAAUUGAAAGAACCAGUUGUAGAAUCAUCACAACAAUGUUCAGUUGGAUCUGAACAACAAAAAAAAACCAGGUUAAAAAGACUGUCCGAGUGCAAUAAAAAGUUUAUAUUAACCAGCAUCAAUAUCAGUGAUCGACAAAAGUAUGAAAAUGCUAUUGAAAAACUUGGUGCUCAAGUAUUGCAAAGUGCAAUAUUUUGUGAAGAUGUUACUCAUGUUCUUAUGCAUCAACCAAGUAGAACUGAAAAAUAUUUAUGUUCACUUGCUUCUGGAAAAUGGAUAUUACAUCCAAGCUAUAUUGAUGAUUGUUUAGAGGAAAAUCGCUUUCUGCCAGAAGAUAAAUACGAAUGGGGAAAUCCUUUAUCGGACUUAUCUUUAUCAACACCAUUGCACGGAGCAGGUUAUCGAUGGCGUUCUAAAAUUUGUUCUGGUAAAGCUGCAGCAUUCAGUGGUAUGAGAGCUGUAUUAAUGACUUCUGAAAAUAGAUACCAAGCUUUGACACGUCUCAUACAAGCUGGUGGUGGAAUGAUAGUGGAUAUAAAAGAACUAUUGCAGUCUACACAUUGUAUCAUUGACCAAGGGUAUGGUAAUAUUCCUGUUCCUUUAAACGAAAUCGCUGUCAAGGGUAUAUUACUAUUACCUGCUCCGUUUCUGGCUGAUCUUCUUACUAAAGACCCAACACCAGAUCCUUUAAAAUAUCUAAUACCUGAGUACCAAGCUUUCUAUAAUAGAUUAGCGCCCAAUACGUACCGUUGUAAUUUUUUAUCUAUACCAAUAUCAGCCAUACAUUAAGUAUUAUUUUUUUUUAUGAAUACCAUUAUUUGUAAUUUUUUAAUCUAAUAUAAAUUAUAAGUUGCAAUUGUUGUGUACUUCCAUAUAAUGAUGCUUUGUACUUUGUGAUAUAUCAAAUAAUUUCAAAUCAAUAGACAUAUAUUAUAAAUAAUUAUGUAAAUGUAUUAAAGUGGUUGAAAUAUUCAUACAAUUAUUACACACAUAGUAUUUUUAAUGAGUCAUUGAAUAAAUAUUUUUUAAAAGUUAAAUAAAUACAACAUAUUAUUUAUUAAUAUUUAAUCACAAAUAAUUAGGUAGGUACUUAAAAUUUAAUGAAUUUAUAAUAUUUAAUAUUAUAAAAGUUCAACUAUUAUUAAAAAUUCAAGUACUAUUGAAGAAUCAUUUAUUGUUAA